AAGUUUGUCGUUCUCCCUCCUCCUUCUCCUAAUGAAGUUCGGUCAGUAUCUCCACGAUCACCGAGUCAUAGCCUGGCGACCGUACUAUAUGAAUUAUCAUAGACUGAAGGCUAUAUUGAAGGAUAUAGUUAAUAACAACAGUGGUAAUGAAAGAUUCCUGGAAGAGCUCAAGUUGGAUAUGGUGCGUGUCGAGGAGUUCUACACCAUUCAGGAGCAGGAGGCCGCUAGAGAGGCUAAGUCCGUAGACCCCAACAACAAGGAUGACUAUUCGGCAUUUGUUGAGAGGGUUCGCGAUCUUGAGAACUUUGCUAAGUUGAAUGCGGAAGGCCUUCGAAAAAUUGCUAAAAAAUAUGAUAAGUUGGUGGUACGACCAGGACUGCUUGGAACGAUCGAGGAGGGCCGUGGGGAUGCUAGCCUCAUGAAGGAUAUAUUACGAGAAAUCCAACACUGUACAUUUAGCCAGGCCGCCGACCGUUUGGCUGCUAUAUUGGAUUACUCUACCUCUCAAGACAAGGCCAUAGGGAUACCCCUUGACAUCAACAGGCUUGCAUCAUCUCAUGUUCGGUCAGCCAGUGGUGUUAAAGUUGGUGACUUCGUUGAACGAUUUACUGCAGAGGAAGAAGAGGAGAAGCCUCAUGAAAAGGAGAAUAGAGUAAAGUUCCUCCUGCGGUACUUCAAAGCUAUUGUAUUCUUUGCUAUGGUCUACGUUGGUUGUAUUGUCUGUUGGGUGCUCAAAGUCGGCUCCCCUCUCUUGGACGGUAACUCCUUCAUCUCAGUAGCAGUCACUUGCUCGGCCUUAGCUCUUCUUAUUAUGCAGUAUCCAGCUGAUGGGGUCAUGAUGGGGUCUACCUUGGUCCUCACAUUGGCGGGAGUAUUGGACAACAAAGAGGCUUGGGACGGCUUUUCUAAUGAUGUAGUCCUGUCUGUUGGGGUCCUACUUAUCGUGUCGGCCGCUGUGAAGAACACUGGUGUGGUCCAGUACAUCUUCAUAGACGGUGGCUUGUUGGGCCAUCCCAAGUCUCUACCAAUUGCCAUGCUGCGACUAUUCGUACCCGCAGUACUACUCAAUGUUUGUGUAUCAAAUACAGCAGUUAUGGGAGUACUCCUUCCUGUUGUACAGAAGUGGUCUAAAGACAUUGGCUUGGACCAAGGAUUGCUGCUCAUGCCGAUGUCGUAUAUUCUGCUCAUCUCGGGCGUGUUCGCCAUCUUCUCGACUUCUAGUAAUCUCAUCACCCAAGGUUUGCUGGUUGAUGCCAACUAUGAAAGAUUCGAUAAUUUUGCAUUGGCCCCACUGAUCCUCCCUGCGACUAUAGGGGCCUUCCUCUACAUCGUCAUAGCCGUGCCUCUGGUCUUUAAGGAUAGGAUGCCUAAGGCGAGGGCUGCUCUAGCCAAUGGUCUUGCUGGAUCGGAUCGCCGUCUUCUGCCUAAGCAAGAGUCGUUGCUGAGUUCCAAGAAGUUUGUGGUGUCAGCCCAAGUCACGGGUUUGUCUUUGGAUGGCAAGACCCUUGCGGACUCGGGCUUGUAUGAUCUCCUUGACUGCAAUGAAGGCAUAGUAGAGAUAGAGCGUCUAGGGGAGAAGGGUCGGGCUAGUCCUGACUUUGUCCUGCAGCCCUACGAUGUGUUGCACAUCUACUGCUCGGCAGAUACAGUGUUGAAGCUCCAACAUGAUGGCCGGGUGGGGCUGCUCACGAGGGACUCUGGGGAGCUCUCGACUGGUGGUAACUUCGGUGGGAAGGCUCAGAACACAGAGCUAUUUGAAGUAGUCUUGGACGGUCUUUGCCCUCUCAUUGGGCAACCUAUUGUGAAUGCUAAGACACGUAAACUUUACGGUGGGCAAAUAGUCGCUAUUCGCCCGCAUGACCUUCAGCUUCUUCAAAAGGAUAACAACCGACAGGUUGUUGUUUCAAAGAGACGCAUGAAGAACUUAACCCCGAGGGCCCGAUCAGUGUCCCACAUUCGGUCCCGGCCUAGCGCGCGGACCUUUUCCGAAUCUGAACUUGCCCCCAACGUGCCCUACCUUAGUAUAGGAGCGUCCAUCCCUGGACGUGCCGUGACCUAUACGCCCUUACCUGGGUCCGAGAUGGAACCAGAAGAAGAGUCAGUGGUGAGGCUACUACAGUCAGAGAUGGACGAGAGGAGCUGGCGGUUGGCAGUUGGCGAUGGGCUCAUUGUCGAGGCUCCCUCUGGCUUUGCUGAACAGUUCUCGGGGACGGGGCAUUUUGCUGUCAUCACACGUUUGUCGUCUUCUGGUGAGACUAAAGAGGGAGAGGUAACAGCAGAUGGAAGGAGGCUCAUGUGGAUAUCAGGGGUGAUAGUACUGGGCAUGGUCCUCCUAGUGGCUACUAAUACCCUCCCAUUGCUGCAAGCUAGUAUGACCGCCUCGUUAUUGCUGGUACUAUUCGACUGUUUGUCACUGACUAAGGCAGUUGGUGCUGUUAAUAUUAGAACAGUGAUGACCAUUGUUGGUGCGUUUGGUGUAGGUAAGGCUAUGGCUAAGACCCACGUUGCUACGAUAUUGGCCCAAGCCCUGGUAGGGUUGAUGUCCCCUUUGGGAGCUUUAGGGGUCCUUGGAGCUAUCUUUGUGGCUACUUGUUUGCUUGGUGUUGUCUUCCAUGCUACAGCUGUAGUAGUCCUACUCUUCCCAGUAUGUGUGUCAGUAGCUCACCAAAUGGGUCUCCCUGUACACCAGUGUUUAGGUCCUCUUAUGGUUGGAGCUGGAUGCCAGUUCUUGAGCCCUAUAUCCUAUCAGACUAACCUUAUGGUCUAUGCUGUUGCCGGCUAUGCCUUUGGGGACUUUGCCAAACUGGGCCUUGGUUUAACUCUCGUAGUCGGCAUUAUUACUGUGCCACUAUGUCGGGUAUGUCUGUGAUACUGAUCUUGCCAGUGUAUAUCAAAGGGUAUCACGUAAUCGAUCUGGUAAUAUAACGAAAAUGUAUAUUUUACUGAAUUCUCUGGAGACUUAUCAUCGUCAUCAU